AUGUCGGAGGACGGAGGCCCCGUGCCAUCGGACGGCGCCGUGCUGCCGCGCCUGCGCCGUGCUGAGCUGAUCGUGUUCUGGAUCCGCCUGCUCUUCCUGCUCUGCGGCGUCACGUGCCUGGUCCGCUGCUGCGAUUGGCUGCAAAGCUACGGUCUCCUUAGCAACAGGUCCCUGACGCAGUUGGAGCAGAUGGGUGGCCGCAUGACUGAACAGGAGUGUCCUGUCUCAUUCCCUUAUACCUUGUACACAAACAUGAGAAGAACUAAGGUAGAGACAAGGUUAAAGUUCAUUAAGGACAGUUUGGAGCUCAUCAUCGAUCUUUAUCACCAAGGCAACCUCUCCUCCGCUAACUGGGAAACCAGCAAGACUGAUAUUUUCCUCAUCACUCUGCACAGACAGAAAGAUGGUCUCACCCCCUGUGUUUCAAACAGGAAGUCGGGCCCCAGACUGACACGAUACUACAGGAAACUGGCCAACAGAACUCUGCGUGAGAUGAGCUCCAGUCCUGCUUCCUGGGAACUGAUCAGAAAAGAGACCAGAAAACAUCUGGAACAACUGGACCUGCUGUUCGCCACAGUCAGACGCCCCACUGGUUCCCAGUAA